AUGCCACGGAAGUUGCUUAAGUUUCUGAUCCUCUUCGACAACACGUCGCUGCUGUACUUCCCGGGACAGUUUCUUUCCGGGCGGGUACUGUUGGAGCUGCAGGACGACACACCGGUGUUGGGACUUCAUUUUCAUGUCGUUGGCGAGUGCGUUGUGCGUGUGCGUUCGACGCGCCACGAGCGAUCGUACGACAAGGAGAACUAUAUCGAUUUUCGAAUGCGACUGCUGGGCGAUUCCGACAACCAAGGUCCCACGAUCCUGUCCCCCGGUAUACACAGCUUCCCGUUCAAGCUCGGCCUACCGGUCGAUCUACCGUCGACCUUCCUCGGACGGUACGGUUGGGUGCAGUACUACUGCAAGGCCGGUCUGCGCGAACCAUCCGGGCUGAUACACAAAAACCACCAGGUGUUCAUCGUGAUGAAUCCGAUCGAUUUGAACCUUGAGCAACCGUAUCUGGCGGAUCCGUUUAAAUGUAACAUCGAGCAUAAUCUCGGCAUGGCAUGCGUGGGAGGCGGGAUCGUUAAGUGUAAAAUCAUUCUCGACCGGGGCGGAUAUGUACCGGGCGAGUCCAUUAUGAUAACGGCGACGGUUACAAACGCUAGCAGUGUUACGAUUAAGUCCACGAAAGCCGCUCUUACGGAGACGAUACAGUAUUUCGCGCGUGAUAAAGUUAUGCAGACAGAAAAGCGAGAGCUGGCAGUGAUAGCCCGGGGAAAGAUACGGGCCGGUCACAGGGAUGAAUGGCAGAAUGAAUCCCUCUACGUGCCACCGCUGCCACCAACGAACCUGCGCGGCUGUCAUCUAAUACGGAUCCAGUACGACGUUUGUUUCUUAAUAGAACCGAAAUCGUUGGAAAAACAAAUCAAACUGCAGCUACCGAUCACGCUCGGUACGUACCCUUUCAAAACGGCGGACGGUGACGACACGAACGAGUGGGCCGAAACCAUUUACAAACCGGAAACGCACUAUCCCUCUACAUUGCCAAUCUUUCGGCCCUGGUUACACGAGAAAAACGAUCAGAAAUAA